GCGUCUGCUACCAAAUAAUGUUUUUUUUCAUAUAACAUCAAAUAGAGGAGAAGGAGUACCUAUUAUUGCAAUCGACCCAUGCAGUCGGAUAUUUAUCUUGUAUAUUUAGUACUCAGUAACAUUUUUAUUUGUUAUCAAAGUCAUGCAGUAUCUGCACAACGAAUUUAGAUGUCGCCACAAUCAUCGUUUCAUCAUUGCUUUCGCUCUGCCUGCUGCCACCCAUGUUCGAUCUUUUUCAGUCUUUUUCUUCUAUAUAAAUACGUUAAAGAUGGUAAAUGUCCCUAAACAGAGACGUACUUUUUGCAAAAAAUGCAAAGUACAUAAGCCACACAAGGUGGCACAGUACAAAAAGAGCAAGGAAAGGCAUGCCUCUCAGGGUAGGCGGCGGUACGACCGCAAACAACAAGGUUUCGGUGGCCAAACCAAGCCUAUCUUCAGAAAGAAGGCUAAGACCACUAAGAAAAUUGUAUUAAGGAUGGAGUGCACUGAAUGCAAGUACAGGAAACAGAUUCCUCUUAAGCGUUGUAAACAUUUCGAACUUGGUGGUGAUAAAAAGAGGAAGGGCCAGAUGAUCCAGUUCUAAAAAGUUGAUUUAUAUGUAACUUUGUGGAACUAUAUUUAAUAAUAAAAAAUAAAUCUUUAUCUUUAUUA